GUGAGGCGCAAGCGUAACAUUUACACCUUAAAUCUUUCACCGACACUCUUUCUCUGCCGCUCGCUCGUGAAUACACAAAGAAAAGACAAGAAAAGAAAACAACAGUCAAAUGAAGCCAGUUGCUUUAGUGUUGCUCUGCCUGGCGGUGGCCUGCCAGGGACGUGUGCUGCUGCCCAAGGAACCUCUGGACUCCAUUCCCGUGACCAUUGUCAGCGAGUCGGAGCCGCAAGCGUUGCCGCUGGUCAAGGAGCAGACAGCGGAGGAGCCACUGAAGGUGGAGGAGGUGAAGCCAGCUGCUAGGCUGGAGACGCAAGAGGAAGUGCAGACUGAGCUCAAGGAGGAAGUUAAGCCAGCAGAGGAGCAAGCCAAGCCUGAGCUGAAAGAAGCAGCCAAGCCAGAGGAAGCUAAGCCUGAGCUCAAAGAAGCCGCCAAGCCAGAGGAAGCCAAGCCUGAGCUGAAAGAAGAAAUCAAAUCAGAGCUGCCCGCAGAAGAAAAGCCUUUGAUCAAGGAAGAAGCGCAGCCUGAGCUCAAAGAGGAAGCCAAGCCGGAACUGAAGAAGGAAGCGCGUGAAGAAGUCGCUGAGAUCAAAGCUGAGGAGCAGCCAGAGCAGCAGCUGAAGUCAGAGCAGCCAAGUGAAAUCAAAGCUGAAGUGCAAACCGAGGCAAAGCCCGAAACUCAGCCUGAAUUGAAGACAGAAUUGAAGCCAGAACAGACUGAAACACAGCCUGAAGCUCAACCCGAAGCUCAGCCUCAAGUCCAGCCAGAUUCUCAGCUCAAAUCACAGCCUGAAGCACAGCCUGAAACCCAACCCGAAGUCCAGCCAGCUGCUCCAGUCGAAACCGAAUCCUCGCCCAUACUCAAAGCACUCGCAAACUCCGCUGAUGACGUCGUCGUUGCACCGGAAGUUGUUGUUGAUCCCGCUGAAGUCAACGUUGAUGGAGUCCAGCCACAUGUGCGUCAGGCAACCCAAGCGACACCCACUCAAAGCUCCACGCAACAGAACUUUGUGCAGCAGCUCAUUCAGAACUCACCAAUUGGUCAAUUUCUGAGUCAGUUCAACAAUGGUCAACAGCAGCAACAACAACAGCAGCAAGGUGUGCAACAAGACAAUGCUGAGCAACCUGCAACACCCGCACCCACAAUUCCUGGUUUCUUGAACCCAAGUGUAGCUAUUACUUCGGCACAGAAUGCAGUCCAGAAUGCGGCACAAUCUGUGGUGAAUACCACGACUCAGGCAUUCCAGGGUAUUCAACAGUUUGCCAACAAUUUGGGCACACAGUUCCAGAAUACAUUGUCUGGUUUAACUGGUCAGCAACAGCAGAAUGCUCAGCCAACCACAGCACGUCCUCCAGGUCCCAUUCAAUCCUUUGUGAACAAUGUUUUCGGUGGUAACAACAAUGCAACAGCUGCAUCGCCAGCUCAGCAACAGCAGCAGGGACCUCUGCAGGGUAUCAUCAAUUUCUUGGGUGGCAAUCGACCAACUAGCGCUCCAGCUGCCGCUGCUCCAGCUGCCGCAGCUCCAGCUCAGACACCUGGUGUGGAUGACAAGAUCGAAGCUGCCUCCGAUCAACAGGCUUCCAUUGCGGAGAACGAGGUGCGCACCAGUGCCGAGGCCAUCGAUGAUUCCUUCGAGGAGGCGGUGCCUUCCAAUGAGGUCAUCACUGUCAACGAUGAUGUCUCCUCGGCUGGCGAUGAUGCUGUGCCCAACAACUCCGUUGACUCUGAGCAACAGAACACAUUUGUUGACUCGGCAGUCGCUCUUUAAUCUCUCUCAUCUCUCGCUUUCAUUCAUCUGAUCAUCAUCAUAAUUUUAUUGCAUCUCCAUUCGCUAGCUUUGUCUAGCAAAUCGCAUUUGACUGAAGCCAUUUUUGUCGCCAUUUUAUUCUCGAUACCACAAAACGCGAAAAGCAAAAAAGAGAAAUUCUCUCUGUAGUUGUUUAAGUGCAUGCAACAAACUAUUUAUUUCAUUUUCGCAGGAAUUUAUAUUUAAUAAAAAAAACACACACACAUCACAUAAUGAAAACAAAUAAAA